AUUUUUGCAACUGGUGAAAAUGUCUCGUUAUAGUCAAGACCUUCAGGCUGAAUAUGACCUUUAGCAAUAAGCCUAGACUUGUAAGGCUCAAGUGUUCCAUCUACAUGAUAUGACCACAUAAGCUAAUGACGUGUUAAGUGAGAAGCUAAUGAUGACCUGUCACCUGCAAGUGAGGAGAAGAAACGGUUACACUAAGGAAGAUAGUAUAAAUAGAUGGAAUUGUAAUUGGGAAAGUUAGUUGGUUAGUUAGAGCCUUGUGGCUUUGGCUUGUUUCUCUUAGGAGAUUCAAGAUAGCUUUCUCUCUGUACUUUCCUUUUGUAAUUCCUCUGUUCUUGAUAAUAAAGUGACAUUGUUCUUAUCAAAUUGGUGCUGGUGAACGAUCUGGAUCGAACAAUCGCGAACGGAUUAAGGAAGAAGACGAUCGCGAACGGAUCAACGAUGAAGACGACGUAUACGCAGACGAUCGGCGAUUCACCGGAGCUGUGUUGUGAGUCGAUUACACCAACGGAUUCAUGGGAGACGAGAAUUGAUGCUACCUUCGACAAAUGGUAUCACAGAAUCAGCGAACUACUAGAUACACACGAUUCGAAGAACAAGGAACCAGUCGCAGAGAGAUUCGUGGAGAUUCCUGUGUUCUAUGGUGAUGAUGAUUUGCGACCAUGGAUGGAUUGGAUGGAGAAUCGAUUUGCGUACGAAGAUUUCACCGAUGAUCAGAAGAUGGCGAUGGCUUGCGGUUUCAUCAGAGGAGAUGCUGAGUCUUGGUAUUACAAGCAAAUCUCACGGUUUCCUUUUCUAGAGUGGGAUGACUUGAAGAGAGCGAUGUUGAUUCAGUUUGGAAAUCUUGGCGAUCCUGAACGCAUUAACAUUUGCUUGGAUAUUAAACGAUGGUUGUAUGAAGAAGAAUCUCAAGCUACGUCAGGAGAAACCUCAAACUCAGUAGCAGCAAUGGAGUCCCUUGAUAUGAAAGCUGAGAUUAUAUCCAACUCAGUUUUUCUUGCAACAGAAGUUAUUGAUACAAAGUCGUCAACUCAAACGAUAGAAGUUGUUAACGAUGGAGUGAUUCAGAGGAUGGGUGAAGAUGAUGAAGAGUUGCAGAAGCCACGAGCAUUUGUUUCACUUGAAACAGAGUUGCUUAAGAGACAAAUGAUUCCAGAGGAAGAAGAGCUUGAUUCACAUGAGCCAACAACUUCAACCUUGCCAUCUGAUUGUGUUCCGGCACCUGCUCUGGUGGAGAAUUCAUUCGUUGAGGACCUUUCUUCAGUAGUUUGGGUGUCUUCCGAGGACUCAGUGAAUCAGUUUCAGUCCUAUUCUGGCCUUGUUGUUGAUACUCUGUCUUUGGGUUCUGACAGUGGUAGGUUAUAUGCUCAUCAAGAUGAAGCAAUCUAUACCCUCACAAGCUCUGAGAUAGAGGACUUGGUACAAACAUCAACAUGUGUAAAAGAGAAGCUACAUGUACAAAAAUUGUUUGUUCCAGUGCUUAGAAGGGUACAAGGCAAGAAGAAGAAGCAAAAGUACCAGAAAAGAUGGAAGUUUAAGUUCAAGAAGAGAUCAUGGGAAAGAGUGUUCUUCCAAGAGCUCUUUGAUGAAUUAUCCGUGGGUUUUGGUUGUGGUAGCUUGUGGGAAAGAGUUGAGUUGCUGACAAGGCCAAUAUAUGUCACUAUGAGACGUUUUGCACACCAAUUAUUCAACAAAAUGUUUUUGGACUUGAGAAGAGAGAAGAUACAAAAUGUGCAGAGAAAAUUACAGAAAUCAUGGAGGUUUAAGUUCAGACGUAGGCCUGGAUUGCACUUGCAACGUACAUUGGCAGACAAUCCGCUCUUAUGGCAUGGUUCUGAAGCAGUGGAAACUCUUUCACAAUUUGGGUUUGGCAUAGUUCAGCUCUGCCUUAUGAGCAACAUAGUGACGUGGAGGAGACACGAGACUGAUUCUUUUGAGCCUGUUUCAGCAUGUAGGCAGUGGAGUGGGUUGAGUUCUGAAUUUUGGGAUACAGAUUUAUGGAGCAGACAUUCUGGAACUAUGACUGAAGCUUAUGGUGCUGUUAGGACUGCUGUUGUGAUGAGUGAAAAUCACAUGUUACUGCUACUGUCUAACUUGUGGAGGCAAUCUUGUGUCAAAGGCUGCUUAGCUACACAAGGUAGCAGCAAUGAUUGGUUGUUCUGUCCACUUACAGCAGACACAUCAAGCUGGUGCACUCGAGCUACAACAGGUUCCAUGUCACAGUUCAUGCCAUUAGAUAAGGAUGGUGCUGAUACUGAUUUGUGGUUGCAACUUGACAAAGACAUGUUCCGUGAGAAGUUUCACCUGAAGCAUAGGUGGAAGAGUAAAGUUCUACAUCAGAAACUCAUGAUAUAUUGGAAGAAAAUCAAGGAAAGGGACGGGUUUGCUAAUGCGGAGACAACACGUUGCAAGCUUGAUGCAGUAUGGACAGACGGUGUGGGCAUGUUGUUACAAGAACGUGAAGUUGUUUACAAGCUGGAUCUUAAGGCUACUCAUGUUAGAAUGGUGGAACAAGUUUCAUCAGAACAGAUGCUACAAAGUCAGGUUCAAAAACAACAAAGGAAGAGAAAGUUUAUGAAGUGUUGGAUGUUCAAAUACAGGGAGACAAAUAUACAACUUGUAUUCUUGGAGUUGUUGGAGGUGGAUUCACAAGCAGUGGCUGUCAUGAGUUCUAAAAGACACUUGCAUCAGUUGACUAUGGCUUGCUACAGGUGUGACUAUCACAAGCUGAUUUUUCUGUCUGAGCCGAGCCAAGAAGAGCAUAACGAUCAACUGGAAUCUGCAGAUUGUGGUGUCACAAACCCACAGUCGUAUGAGUUGAAGCAGUGUAGCUACAGUGCAGCAGUCAUUAUGGUGCUUCAGAACAACAAUACUACUUAUGGUACUGCAAAGAUACUUGUACUAGCGCUAGAAUCUGUUACACGGACUGGGUAUAAAGCUGCUUGAAUUCCGGUGUUGCUUGCUAGGUUUCAAAGCACACAACAUCAUUCUGCUAUGUCACAGCUUAUGGUCAUGUUUCUCAGUGAGCUGUCUACACAGGCUUCAGAUGAAUUGUAUGACAUCAGUCUUCAUCGAGGCCGCAGAUGUAUCCACCGGAUGAAGCAGAUCACAAUGCAGCACAGACGUCAUGAUGCUGAGGAGAAGAGUACAUGUCAUAUCAGCUUGAGGGCAAGCUGAGUCUUCACAAAGGGGGUAUUGAUAUGACCACAUAAGCUAAUGACGUGUUAAGUGAGAAGCUAAUGAUGACCUGUCACCUGCAAGUGAGGAGAAGAAACGGUUACACUAAGGAAGAUAGUAUAAAUAGAUGGAAUUGUAAUUGGGAAAGUUAGUUGGUUAGUUAGAGCCUUGUGGCUUUGGCUUGUUUCUCUUAGGAGAUUCAAGAUAGCUUUCUCUCUGUACUUUCCUUUUGUAAUUCCUCUGUUCUUGAUAAGAAAGUGACAUUGUUCUUAUCACUACAUUAAACUUCAACGUGCAACCCCACUUACACCCCACUGCUUUCUUUCUUUUUGGUAAAAUCGUAACAUCCCAUGUGUUAGUAGAUUCGGUAGCCCAGAUCUCUCUAUCACAAGCUUCAAACCAUUCCUUGGAUUUCUCAACUUCUGAGAAUGAAUGUAGAAUGCAUAUUUUUGUGAUGUUAUUAAUGUAAGCAAGAUGAGAUGGAGAGAUUUUUUAGAAUACGAACAUGAGGAAGAAAAGGGAAAAUCAUGAUCAGUUUGGAAAGAAUAAUUAUGAUAGUAUUGGAGAUGUGCAGGAGAGGUUUCUUUGGUCAAGAAGUAAGAAGUAAAGAUCAGGGCCGGACCUGAAAAAUAUUGGUCCACAAGCAAAAAAAAUAUUUUUGACCUUUUUAUUUCAUAAAAACAAUGAAAAUAUUGAAAAAACGGUUGGGAAAUUUGAUCCCGGGUCCAUUUCCGCACUGGAAAUAAAGUUACGAGUAGAGCUACAUGGUCUCUUUGUUUAUUAUUGGCUCCUAGAAUAUAUAUUUUUUUUCGGGCCCCAAGCACAUGCUUGAUGAGCUUUUAUUCAUACCCGGCCCUGGUAAAGAUGGUGGGGUGAUGAAAAAGAGGUGAUUGUGUAAUUGGAGAAGAUGUAAUGGGAUAAGAUGUAAUAGGUGAAGAUAUAUCUUACAACUCAGAAUCUGUUAGUGGGAAGAUGUUUAGAGGACCUUCAGAAACUUUCUUCAACAAAGGAAACACGUUUUCAUGGAACACAAUGUUUCUUAAGAUAAAACCAUAUUACUCGGUAGAUCUAUUAACUUGUAUCCAUAUGGAUAAC